AUGCGGUAUCAACUCAGACGCUUUCAGAUUCAAAACUACAUCUCCAGCUUCCAGAAGUAUGACGCGGACAAGAGCGGCGACAUUGACGGGGAUGAGAUUGCCCGCGUGUUCCAAGACCUCGGCCUUCACCUUGACGAGACGGAGAUCAAUGACAUCUUGGCGGAUGUAGAUGUGGAUGGAAGCGGCAGUGUUGGACUUGAUGAGUUCGUCUGA